UUCAUCUGUUGUGACAUUGUCUUGCUUCAAAACAUGGCAAAGAUCCCUAUCCUGUUUUCUUUGGUCCUCAUAGCUGCCUUUGGCCUGGCCAAAGGCUCUUUGGCAGAUGAGAAAGACAAGGUGGGGAUUUAUGAGCUCAAGAAAGGCAAUUUCUGUCUCAAAUUCACCAACUGGGGUGCCACAAUUAUCUCUGUUGUCCUCCCUGACAAACAUGGGAAGCCUGGUGAUGUUGUUCUUGGGUAUGAUUCAGUGAAGGAUUAUACGAAUGAUACUGUUUACUUUGGUGCCAUUGUUGGACGGGUUGCUAAUAGAAUCGCAGGGGCUCAAUUUACUUUGAAUGGAACCCAUUACAAACUAGUUGCUAAUGAAGGGAAAAACAUACUUCAUGGUGGCCCCAAAGGAUUUAGUGAUGUUAUUUGGAACGUGAAGAAGUACAAGAACAAGGGCCAUGCUUCUUCUAUUGUCUUCAGCUAUCACAGCUAUGAUGGCGAAGAAGGAUUUCCCGGCGGUGUUAAAGUCUCUGUAGCAUACACCCUUCUUGGUGAAAAGCAGUUGAGUGUGAACAUGAAAGCCAAAGCCUUAAAAAAGGCUACACCAGUGAAUCUAGCCCAACACUCAUACUGGAACCUGGGUGGCCACAACAGUGGGGAUAUCCUAUCUGAAGAAGUCCAGAUUUUCGCAUCCAGCUAUACACCUGUGGAUAGCAGCCUUAUCCCCACUGGCAAAAUUGAAAGUGUGAAGGGAACUCCAUAUGAUUUCCUCAACUCCCAUACCAUCAAAAGCACCAUCAAUAAACUUCCUAAUGGUUAUGAUAUUAACUAUGUUCUUGAUGGUACUCCUGGCAAAUUGAGGAAAGCAGCAGUGGUGAAGGACAAGAAAUCUGGAAGAGUGAUGAAGCUAUACACAAAUCAGCCAGGUGUGCAGUUCUAUACCGGAAACUAUCUAAAGGAUGUGAAGGGAAAGGAUGGAUUUGUCUAUCAAGCUCAUGCAGGUCUCUGCUCGGAAACUCAAGGGUUCCCUGACUCUGUGAAUCACCCCAACUUCCCUUCACAGAUUGUCAACCCCGGCCAGACAUACAAGCACCAUAUGUUGUACAAGUUCUCAGUGGAGGCCUAAACAAAGGAUACCAAGUCUUGUUCCAUGACCACUGAGAUGCUUGCUUGUAUUUUUAAGUCUAAUGGUUUCUAGUGUAACCUCAUGAGACUUUGGAGCAAAAGAUAUACUUUAGAUCCUAAUAAGAUGCUGCCCUUUAAAAUUUAAAUUUUAUU